UCGAACCGGCAGUCACAUUCUAGUGUUCAACACCGGCGUCAGCCGCAGCGCAACGUUUCCACGGAGAUUGGAUUGGCAGUGGCGCGCUACGAGCGGUGGUCUACGGUUCACGUUCGUUUCGCGAAGGUAUCAUGGCCGACGGUCCAAACAACAUCGACAACAUGAGCGACACCGAAAUGCGCAUGGCUCUGGAGAAUUUGUUGGGCGAUCCGUUCGACACGUAUACCGUACGACACGAUACCGUCGUGGAUACGGGGAUGUUGUUUGAAUUCGAUUUCGAUUGUCAGAGUCCGGCCGCAGAUCGUCCGCAAACGUGUGGCGGUUUCGAGACCGGAGGCCCUGAUAAAUUGAAAACUUUGAUCGACAAUUCAAAUUUAGCUGAAAAUACAGAAUGGUCGUCGAUCGAUGCUGCAGACGAACGGAAUUCAAAUGCCAACACGCCGCUGUCGAGUGUACCGGAAUCAUUGACACUAACACCAGUUUUAUACCAUCAUACAGACAUCGUCAACAGUCCUGUAACCUCUCCACACGUGUCCUCCAACACCUCACUGAUGACACCGCCCAUGACGCCAAAUAGAUGGCCCUCUAGCGAUAAAUCGAUGAAACAAGCCCGACUGUUAUACAAAGAAAGUCGUGUCGCCGACGACGACGUAGAUGGUUCAGCGAGCGACGACGAGAACAACGUUGUUGCCGGCGCCACUACGACCGUUCCCGUCGCCACCCAUAUUGUGACUGAAUGCCGUUCCACAAUGAACGAUCAGCGGCGGCGGCGGCGGCGAGGACAACAACAACAACGGCACCGCAGCAUCAGCAGCACCAGUAGUAGCAGCAGCAGCAGCAGCAGCGGCAGCAGCCGCAGUCGUAGUAGCAGUAGCAGCAGCAGCAACAAUAACAACAACAGUAGUAAUAGUAGUAGUAGUAGUAGUGAUGAUGACGAUAACAACAACAACGAACAUGUACGUAAAACGGGUGGUGAUUGUGGCGACAGCGACAAGUUUCAAAACCCCGUUCCUUUAAAAAAACGGGCAGUCCAUUGUAACAUCGACGAUUUGUUGUUUCACGAAUCCAACGACGAGAGCGAAAGUGAAGACGAGACUGUACAAUUUUACGACGAGUUCGGGAUAAACGUGGAACACGGAGUGCGACGGUCGGAAAGAGUUACGCGUUCCGGCCAACACGGUUUUUUGAACGUGUCCGACGUAUCUGUAUUGUAUACCAAUGACGAAAAGGAAUUGUUUCGUCAUAGAUUUGUGGUGAACGAUUUUGAUGCCGAGUUGGAACCUGUCAACGUUCCCGUACCGCCGACAAGUAUGUCGGAUUUCGAGGUGCGUUCCAUGCAAUCGGUGCUGUUGAAAAAAAUAAAACCACGUAAGCCCGUGGUGGACAAGAGCGCGCCGUUGCGAAAGUUUAUCGACGUGAGUCGUCCGCCAACCAUGAGCGUUAUCGAUUACAAAUCUAUCGUAAAUCCCGAUCCUGAACAGUACAUCGCGUUAUAUGAGAUUUUGGCAAUAGUCGAGACGAAACUGAACCGUGCGUUGAAGAUUAUUCCGUCUAAACUGGGAAAGAUGUUGAAACGGGUGCACACGCAUUCUGAUAUUUUUCCACAAGAAACGUUGCCCAUAAUAAACAACAAUUCCGAGUUGCGGUAUUUUAAGAUAUUGUACGGCAUCGUGCCCAAAACGUACGUGUCCCAUUUGGAAGUCUUGAUCGGACGGUUGCUGGACUCCAGACUCGAAAAAUCGUACGACCUGAUAGAAGAUGAACUCGAAUUGUUGCUUUUGGGCGUGUGGCGUCUAUCGGCACAGGAUUUACGAUUCUAUAACGAGCGCAUCAACAGAAGACACAAGAAGGAGGUGUGUUUGAUGUUGUAUCACGAUCUGGUCAAGAGAUCCAAAGCGCUCAAAAGCAAUUCUACGGAAAAAAAGGACGAACUACCUGCUGCGAUGCAACCGUACGAGGUGAUGACCAAGGCACUUUUGUGUUUUAAAAGUUACAUGUUUUUUUCUAAUAAAUGCAAGAUACCGACUAUGGCUUUGGUUUCACUCAAAAAGUUGAUGAUGUACGUGUACAUGUUUAUAGGCGACGUGGGCGUACAGCCGUGGGCAUCCGUGUUUUUCGAUUUCGGUUUGCAUAGUAUUUUGUUUAACCACACUUUUAACCAUUUGAUGAAAAACCGUGUACACAUAUAUACGUGGUUUGCGCAAAUGAUCAACACGUAUUUGGAGACCGAAGAAUCGUGUACCGCGCACAGCGUGUGGUAUCGAUGUCUCAAUGCCGAAAAAAACGAUUAUGGUGCACCCGACAACGUUACAACAAAUGACGACGACGACGACGACGAUGGCCAAGCGACGAAAAACAAGACAAAACCAUGUACUAUUUUUACGAAAAAAGAUGUGCGCUCGAUUUUUUCGAAAUUUUUUAAAAAGAAUGCAGACGUCCCGUUAAAAUUAUUAAUUAAAUUGGACAAUUAUUUUAUGAUAUUUGUACACUAUUUUAUACAAUAUUUAAAAGAUACCGGUCUCGUGUAUCAAAAACAUAUAACGAUACUGCAUAUAACUUGUUUUUUAAAAAUGUACAGUCAUCACGUGUGGCCGCGGUAUUCCGCGAAAUUGUUAGACGUGAAUUUGAGGGAGAAAGUGUAUACCGAUUUUUCGGAAUGUAUCAAACGACAGCAUCGACAAUAUUGUAAUUUUGAAAACGAUCGGUUCGUGAUCGAUAGAUCUGUGAUUCUGGUGUUGAUGGAAUUUGCGUUCGACGUGUUGCUCUGGAUACUCGGGCCGUUAUUGCUGCAGAACGGGAAAACCGUGUGUAUACCGACGACGACAUGUGUUAAUUUGAUCAUCAGACACAUAGACCUGUUUGAGACUAAAUACGUGUUGUUGAACAAGAAUCUGCCGUGUCCGUUGAACUAUCCGCCGUGGUUGUGUAACGGGACCGGAGACAGAGAUUAUAACGAAUUCAAUGAUAAUGUGGCUUGUUACGAACGCGGAGUGUUCAUGUUCCCAGAAAACGGUUCCGAUUACGAUAGCGACGGCGAAGACGACGAUGACGACGUAGAUUUGAUAGGUGAGAACAGGAACGUCGUCGAUUUGAGCAUACCAGCUGGUGAAAUGACCGAUUUUAACGACACCGACAGCGAAACCGACGUAUGGGAUCCGUCUAAGGAUUACUUGGAACGCAACAGGCUCAUGCAAAAUUUAUUGAAACACCAAGAAGAAAAAAACAGAAUAGUGGAUUGCGAGAAGAUGAAAGCGCGAUCGAACGCUUUGGAAUUGGAAAUAAAGCGAAUUAAUGAAUUGUUGAGCGAUACGACGUGUGCGAUAGAAAAAAAACUGAUUGUAGGCGAAGUGAAACGGAACCGUCUCGAAGUCGAACGUAUGGUGAUAUGCGGCGAAUAUAAUGAAACGUUAUUCGAUGCCGGUAUUAUACCGGGCGACGUCGCCAAAUACAUUAACCGCACGUCGUUCGUAAAACCGAAAAAACGUAAACGCACAUUGGCCGAUCCGUACAAACAGAAAAAACCGAAACGGGCGACGCCGGUCGAUGUCGUCACCACAACCGUUCCGAAAACGUCGUCAAAACGUAAUUCUAUAAUUAUGACAAAUUAUAAAAACUAUAUACUGAACGAGGGUGAAGAUUUUAAGACUGUCGACGGCGUCCGCACUUUUGGUUUGGUCACCAAUGCGUCGUUGAAUCGUAAAGGACGCGACAAACGCGGUUGCAAUCUAUGUAAUAUGUCCAAAAGCGGAACGCUCAACGUCAAAAUCAACGAGUCGUACGUUAUCAGUGCGUGUGUCGUUUGUAUGGAAAAAAUCAAAAACCUCUUAAAAACCGGCACCGUGAGUCUGAAAUAUAUUCAAAAAUUUUUAAUCACUCGUAUAGACUGUCACUAUAAAGCGCCCCUGUUGUUCGAUAAACACGGUCAAAUGUUUAAAGAAGUUACUCCACGUGUCGAAUUGAAAGAACUAAGUAUGUUUACAUAUAACAAGAUGGACGAAAUGUUCGGAAAAAGGGCGACACUGCGACCGAUUUACGAUUCCAUGUGCGAAAAGUAUAAUUGGCCGUCGAGAUUCGCUGUAAAAAAAUCUACUAAAACAAAUAAAUAAGACUUUUUAUAACGCUAGUCACGUGUAUUACCAUGUCAUUAUUUAUAUAUAUAUUAUCAUUAUACUCUUCAAUUAUUCCAUAUAUGUUAAUCAGUUAUUAUCUAUUAUAUUUAUUUUAAAUGUUUUAUGUCUAUGUGUA